AAACUGGGUAGACGAACAGUUUCCUAAGCUAGAUAACAGUCUUAGUUGUUUAUCGACUUUUUUAGAUUUUAUCAUCAUAGAGUAUCAAGAAUACCAUAUAUAGUGCACUUUCAACUUUAUUGUACUUGUAGCUCUGUUAAAAGAUUUGACAGAAUGGAUGAAACACAUAUUCUAUGAUUCAGAUGCUCGCCUAAGACCAUAAUGGUCUGUAUAAACUUCUAAAUCACGUAUUUCUUGCCAUUCAUUACAUAACCAUUAGAAUGAUUCAUGUAGAUGAUGUCUUCAAGACUUCUAUUUAAAGAAAUUGUGUUGACAAUCAAAUUACACACAUCCUAAUUUAUGUAGGCUACAAUAGGCAAUACGAUAGAGAUCAACUUACGUACAAUGAUAGGUGAGAAGAAGUUUGUCUUUGGUAUAACCCUUUGCCAUUAUUGUAGCCUUUAAAGAUCUAUGUUUACUCUUGCAGAUGCACUAGCUUCCACUGACUGAAAUAGCCUAUAAGUAGUGUCGCAAGACUUGUAAACUUUCAUAUCAAUCUUAGAUUGUUAUUCAUAAUCUAUCAACUUUUCAAGAAUGAUUAUCUUAAUUAGUCAAUGUGCCCUUGUAGCUAUAGAGAUUAGGUUCAAGUUGAUCUAAGACUGAGUCUAAAGACUCUCUUAGUCUCAUGAACUUGUUAUGUUCCCAGGAACGCUCUCACUACGACAUAGCUCCACAAUCUAAGAUGCAGAAGUUGAUUUAUAAGUGCAUAUGUUUCAAAAGGUAUAAUUUCUUGGUUAGAUGGAAAAAAUCGAUCUCUCAUUUAUCGUGAGAGUUAUCAUGUUUGUUAGGCUUAUAGUUCUUUUCAUAAUCUCCCACUCCAUCCGUCCCACAAGAAUACAUUUUCUAAAUUUCAAAAAUCUUCUCUCUAAUGAGGAGAGACACUACUAGAAAAAUGAGUUGUUCUUACACUUACAAUAUAACACUUCAUAAAUGAUGUCAACAUAUAUAUCCAAUAAUCAUAUCAAUGUUUCAUGGCAUUUAUAAUAUCUAUUAUUGUUGCAUUUUAAAUAGAUGUCAAAAGAGGAUUCACUUAAUGACAUUUCUUUACGUGUCUUAUGCUAAAUACUAAACCUAAAUUUAGAUAUAAAUUUAAAUAGAAAAUGUUAAUCGGUAUUGAGAAUAAAUAUGCUCUUUUUAAGAUUAAAAAGCAAUUCAAUAACUCCAUUCGGCAGUUUCUGUUUCAUAAAUUAGAAGAAUAAAUUAGGAACCCUAGAUUAGGGAUUGAGCGGGAGAAACAUUGAGCGCCAAAUUAAACAUGGAUCUUACAACCGUCCACUCCUCCCACAACUCCAAGCAAAUUCAGGAACUCACAAUUAUCUAUAGUUUAGCAAAGAGAACAAGAACGAGAAGAAAAUCAAGUUGAGACCUUCCUUUGAUUCUUGCAAGUUACAUAUGGCUUCUAAAGGAGGGAAGCAGAUUAAAAAAAGUGGUCGUUUACAGGAGAAAAGGAAUAUGUCAGCUCAAAGGUUUACUUCUAGUGAAGGUAUUAUAACUAAGACAACAAUGAGCAGAAAUAAAGAAGCUGUGAAUAUGGUCACAUAUUCGAACCGUAUCCAUAGGAGUGUGCCACCAUUGCCAAAUGAGGACAUAAGUGUUGACAUCGAAGAAGAAGAGGAGGAUGGUAGUGCAUCGGGACAUGAAACUAUUGGAAAGGAAAGCAGAGGGCCUACCUAUAUGUCAGAUAUUAGGGGCCGCCCUCUAAACCUACCACUCAUUUCUGUAGAGUAUAAUGAGUUUGGUCAGCCUAUAGGUGGUGAAAAGAGCAAGCUUUGCCAUUUCUUAGGUUCAAUUGCAAGAAAUGGUAGAUAUUGUCCAUUAUAUGUUAAUAAUUGGCGUGCCAUGCCGAAGGGGAAAAAAGAUGACAUGCUCGAAUUCGUAAAGGCACGAUUCACUAUCCCUAUCAUUGCUGAGAAAUGGGUUGUGGCCUCCAUCGGAGUUAAAUGGAGAAGUUGGAAGCAUUAUUUGAAAACAAGGUAUUGGGCUGACGUACCUAUCGAGCAUUUAAUACAUGAAAAGGAUGACAGAGUUUUGGAAGAUCAAUGGAUCAAUUGUCUUACUUACUGGAGAAUGGAAAAUGCAAAGAAUAUAAGUAAGAGAAACCAAAAAGCUCGAGCAAAGAAGUUAAUGAAUCAAAGAACAGGAAAGACGUCAUUUGCACAAGUUAAAGAAAAUUUGACAAAGGAACACGGACGAUGCCCAACCCGUGUUCAACUUUUUAGUUCUUGUUUUGUUCCUUCGAGUGGAAACGCGAGUGAAGACGUAUCAACUAAAAUUCAAUGGUCGAACGUAGUAGCCAACUUCCCGAAGGUGUCGAAGAUCAAAUUGCUCCAAAUGACAUAUCUGCCCAAAUCAUGGAAAAGGACAAACCAGGUCACGUAAGGAUGAUGGGUAAGGGAGUGUGUCCCACAGACGUAUGGAGUGGAACACCAAGAAGCACAUCAGACCGUUUGCUAAUAGAGUACAAAGAUAAAAUUGCACGACUAGAAGCAAUGCUUGCCUCAAAACAAAGACCUCAAGCUUCGCAAGCAGACAUAAGGCCAGAUGUGACAAAUUCUAAGUCUCUCUCAUCACAGGCUACAACUCAAGCUGAUAUGAUAUCUUUGUUUUUUUUCUAUAAUUUCGAAAUAUAUUACAUAUUAAAAAUGGUUAUUAAUCUAUUUGUUUUCUUGGAGGUUGGGACAUACGUUUCUCUAAGGAGUUUUCUCACCCAAAAAGUUGUUGCUAAGGGAUUUAUUUAUAGCCUCGAUCCAACUACAAGAGUUGGCGGACAAAUGUUGGGAUUGAAUUGGUGUGAGAUAUGUGUCGUAGUCGUGAUUGAACCCAAGGAGCAAUUGAUCAGGCCCUAUGAUAACUUUCAAGAGCUUUCCCAAGUACUUGGUCAUAUAAUUGCUUGGCCUAUAGCUUUGGUGACACCCACUGGGUGACAUCCAUUGGAUGUUUAUAAUUUCUCGAUCCACAUUUAGAUGACAGGGCGCAUGGCGUUGGAGUGGUACUUUGCUCUUUUGACAGGCAUAAGAGGCUCACAUUUUAAAGAAACAAGCAAUGUCCCUACAAGCACUUUAGAAAUAGAUUAGGACUUUAUAAUUUUUACUUUUUUAGUACUAAUUUUGUUUGUAGUUUAAGUAAAGAUGACCAACGCUUAUGUUUAAUCCUUGUGUUUAAACACAUUAAAUAACAUCAUUUGAUACUUUGGGUAUUAUUGAAAAUUGCCGUUUUAUUUGAAUUAA